UAGUUCGGAUAAGCGGUAGAAGAUGAAUGAAUGAAUGAAUGUUUUGACGUUUCCAUUUAUGACUUUUAAUUUGUAUUUUUUUCUUCUCUACCGGAAGUCAACAAACCAUCCACCAUGAGUUACACCAUAGAUCUAUGGAGUUACACGAGCGAUGCAUGUUGAGGAUGAGUAUGAGCAUGGCUGAAACUGAGAGUCUGAGCAGCUCGGAGCAGAACUCCAUCCAGAAUGAUCCGAACUACGAGGAGGCAUCAGGAGCCGAUGGUUCCGGUUCUGCAGCCGAAUCCAACGGCCUGUCCUCUGCACAGCAAGAUGUCCUUGAACGCUGUCUGCAUGCACUCACUCACGCCAAAAAUGACAGCCACAUUUUGGCAGCCCUUCUUCUGAUUACACGGUUGUGUCCAGCCAAUCAGCUGGAUCAUGUAACCCUGCAUCGAGUUUUUGAAGCAGUGGGAUUUAACCUGCCUGCGCGCCUGCUGGUGACCGCGAUCAGAGGGAGCGAGAGCUCUGGGCUUCCUCCUGAGGAGCUGCUGUCUCUUGGGACCGCUUUGCUGGCUGCUCUAAGCACAGACCCUGACAUGGCUGCUCAUCCGCAGCUACUCAGUACCGUCCCUCUUCUCCUGGGCUUGCUAGAAGGUGGAGCACCAGUCAGCCAGAAGCAAGCCCAGCAUGACGCCACAGUAUCUCAAGCCACUGAGAAGACACAUGAAGGUGCUGUGUUUCAUCAGUCAAACAAAAGUACUUUAGUAAAAGAAGCAGCAACAAGUACUUCCAGGUUAGCAGGUGAAGAGGAGGCAGUACAGCCUCUCACAUCCACCCUGGAUGAGGCAAUAGCAGCCGAUUGCUAUCAGGUUCUGACCUCUCUGUGCUCCUUGCCACAAGGACCGGAUCUGCUGCUGUCCCGUGGUGCUGUUCCUGCUCUGUGCAAAGCCGUGGCUCAAAAACAGACACUCAGCUGUGAGAAGGGGCUUCCUCUCCUGGCUCAUCUCUUAUCCACCAGCAUCAGGCAGCGAGCAUGGAGCAAGCACCCAUCAGAACUGAUCUCUCUGCUUGAUAGGAUCUCCCAGAACUUCAGCCAGUCUUCAGAUCCGAAUCAGCUGGACAUGUGUACAGAGAUACCACGGUUUCUCCCCCCACCAGGACACGAGCCACAAACUCCAGAGCUCAGGGAUGUGGUUAGUCGACUUUGGGCAACGUUGCGUCCGUUUAUUCAAGGUAAACUCGGUUCCGAGCAGCUGGGUCAUGUUCUCCUUCUGUCUGCUUGCCUUCUGGAUUUGUGUGGCUGGGAACCAGCAGGUUCGCCAAAGUUCUGCUGCUUGCUAGUGAACCGGGCCUGUGUGGAGGUGAGGAUGGCACUUGAGGAGCCUCCCGGUAAGAAGCUGUCCUCUCAGGAGCAGCACAUGCUCACUGCCUGCUACCGUAUCUUGGAGUCAGCCAUGGAGCAAGCGUGCAGCAUGGGGAAUAGCACGAGUUCUGCUCAGCCGGAGACUGCCAUUACUGGUCUGAGUCUGCAGCAGACCAGACAGGUGCUGGGGGUCUUGGAGGAAGCUUUUUCGGCCAUCAUUUACUACCUGCAACAGGUGGAUCCGAGUCGUUACGACGAGCCGUUCCUUUACGCGACGUUCCGCUCUCUUUGUGCCUGGUUGGCUGAGGAGACGUCAUGUUUAAAGGAGGACGUCAUGGCUCUCUUACCCCUCCUCAUUGGCUACACCAAACAUCACCUGCAAGACAAGAAAGCCGAGGGCUUGGCUGAUUGGAUGUCAGAGAUGUCCAUCGCUGACGGCUCACAAGCUGGAACGUGGACAGGAGAGCAAGUGCUGAGAUAUCUCCUCCCAGCACUCUGCCACCUGUCAGCUGAGGAAGGCCCACGAAAGCUGCUGCUCUCUCUGGAAACCCCCGCUUUACUGGUGGACUUCCUCACCCGUGGCUGGGGAGUGCUGAAGACUCAGAGCGGGAAAACAGUAAGCCGAGAUCCCAGUUUGGAAACAGCCUGUUCCACCCUGCUCAACUUUGUAGUCACAGAGCCCGAGCGAGUCAGGACUGAUGCUUGCUUUGCCUCCCUCGAUGCAUUGCUGAGUGAAGUGCUCCCGAUCCUCGUCCACAAGUCACGCCUGUUGCUUCUGACGGCCAACUUCUGCACUCUGGGUCUCAUGAUUAACAGAUUAAAACCAGCUUCAACUGGAACUUUAAGUCAGCAGCACUUCUUCUCCUCUGCCCUGCGUUUCCUCCGAGGGGCGCUACAGGGGGUAGAGGGUAAGGGCCAGGCACAAGUCUCCCCAGUGUGGGCACCUUGGUGGGAGGAAGUGUGUGAGCUCUGGAGGCUCAGCCUGCAGGCGCUGGGUGGCUGUGUGAAUGCUCAACCCUGGAUAGCCACCAUCAUCAGGGAGGAAGGCUGGCUGCAGAACAUCCUCAGCCUGCUCAAGUCCAGCUGUGGUCUCCCAGACCAACAAUCACAGGAGGCGCUGGAGGAGGCUCUGUGUGCCCUCGCCCACAAAUGCCCACUUUGUCGCAAGGAUAUUGGUGUAUACAUGAAAGGGGAAGCAGGGGACUCGCUCCAUUGCAUGCCACAACUGAGGAAGCUUCUAACUUAGCUAUGAUGCUAAAAUCAUGAGCUUUGGAGUAUUAACUCAAAUAUAUCAUGUAGUUUUUCUUGUUGUGUGAUGAUUGAUGAUUGGCAAAAAAAAUAUUUCUAUUGUUUUAUGAUGCAAAUUAAAAAUUAAAGUAUUUUGCAUAUGCGUAA